UCAAGGAGGGUAGUCAUGUCUGUUACAGACUUUACCAUAACUGAUGAGAAAGUACACUUACAUCACAGCAUUGAGAAGGAGAAAACUGUAAGACAUAUUGGCGAUUUGUGUUCCUCACACUCUGUGAAAAAAAUUCAGGUUGGAAUCUGCUUGCUUCUGGUGGAGCUGUGUGAGAGGUUCACGUUCUUUGAAGUCGUCUGCAACAUGAUCCCCUUUUGCACUAUCAAGCUUGGCUAUCACAAUUGCCAAGCAGCCAUCUUAAACUUGUGUUUUAUUGGAACUUCAAUACUUACCCCUGUGUUUGUCGGAUGGCUCACUGAUGUCUAUUUAGGAAGAAACAAACUGGUGUAUAUUUGCUUGUUUCUACAUUUUCUAGGCACUGCUUUGUUAUCUGUGGUGGCUUUUCCCUUGGAAGAUUUCUAUCUGGGCACUUACCAUGCAGUUAACAACAUACCAAAAACAGAGCAGCACAGGCUGUUUUAUGUAGCACUGCUGACCAUUUGCCUUGGCAUUGGAGGCAUAAGAGCCAUCGUCUGUCCACUGGGUGCUUUUGGCCUUCAGGAGUAUGGAUCACAAAAAACGAUGUCUUUUUUUAACUGGUUUUAUUGGCUCAUGAACCUAAAUGCAACUAUUGUGUUUCUGGGAAUAUCUUACAUCCAGCACUCACAGGCCUGGGCCCUUGUUUUACUUAUUCCUUUUAUGUCUAUGCUUAUGGCUGUGAUAACUCUUCAUAUGAUACACUACAAUCUAAUUUAUCAGUCAGAAAAACGUUGUUCUCUCCUGACAAGCGUUGGGGUGUUGGUUAGUGCACUGAAAACAUGCCACCUGCAAUACUGCCAUCUUGGCAGAGACGUGACAAGCCAGUUAGACCAUGCCAAAGAAAAAAAUGGUGGCUGCUACAGUGAGCUCCAUGUAGAAGACACAACAUUUUUCCUCACCCUUCUCCCUCUCUUCAUUUUUCAGCUCCUAUACAGAAUGUGCAUUAUGCAGAUUCCUUCAGGAUAUUAUCUGCAAACUAUGAAUUCCAACCUGAAUUUGGAUGGAUUUCUUCUGCCGAUUGCAGUAAUGAAUGCCAUCAGCAGCCUACCAUUACUAAUUCUGGCUCCUUUUCUGGAGUAUUUCAGCACCUGCCUGUUUCCCUCUAAGAGAGUUGGAUCAUUUCUGUCAACAUGCAUCAUUGCUGGAAAUCUUUUUGCUGCAUUGUCUGUGAUGAUAGCUGGCUUCUUUGAAAUACACCGAAAACAUCUCCCUCCAGUGGAGCAGCCCCUUUCAGGAAAAGUUCUCACUGUUUCCUCCAUGCCCUGUUUCUACCUGAUUCUUCAGUAUGUUUUACUUGGAGUGGCAGAAACGUUGGUAAACCCAGCCCUCUCUGUAAUAUCAUACAGAUUUGUUCCAAGCAACGUCAGAGGAACCUCCAUGAAUUUUCUGACACUGUUCAAUGGAUUUGGCUGUUUCACAGGGGCACUGCUGGUGAAGUUGGUAUAUCUCAUCUCAGAAGGCAAUUGGUUUCCAAACACAUUAAACAAAGGCAAUUUAGAAAGCUUCUUCUUCUUCCUGGCAUCAUUAACAUUGUUGAACGUCCUGGGAUUCUGGAGUGUUUCACAAAGAUAUUGUAAUCUAAAUCAUUUUAAUGCCCAGAACAUCCGUGGAAGUAAUCUUGAAGAAACACUUCUCCUCCACGAAAAAUCUCUGAAAUUUUAUGGCAGUAUACAGGAAUUUUCUUCAAGUAUUGAUCUUUGGGAGACAGCCCUAUGCAACUGUGUUUGAGUCUACCUGUCUUAUGAGAACAGUAUUCAUUGUUUUCUUCUUCAGUUGAGCAUUUUAUGUGUUUUAGUGUAAAAGCCAAUAUAUACGGAGGUGAUUUUACAAAUAUCAUCUGUAUACUUUAUUUACAAAGACUAAUUAUGAAUUUUCUAGUAAACUGUCAUGCUUUUGCAUUAACAUGUUAUAGCAUUAGAAUUAAUAAAAUAAUUUCAAAGUCUCGGUGAUUACUCUAUGACAAAAAAAAUGACAGUUUUCUAUACACCAAUAAUACCUUACAGCUUUCUACAAUGGUUCAGCCACUGAAAGCGUAUGGCCUUUUUUUUGGAGUUUUAAUGAGUCAUUAGAAGCAAAAUGACAGUAUUUUAAUAUACUCUCUUUCAAUACACUUAGUGAUCCCUUAUUACAUGCGACCUUAUUACAUUGUGACCAUAUACUGUAUAUAACUGAGUAAAUAAUAAACAUAUACAUGAUUUUCUAUAUUUGCUGUUAAUAUUAUGCUAUCAAAAUAUGACUUCAUUAAGGACAUUUUCUCUGAAUUUAAAAGCAGUAUUACUAAAAUAGAUGUCCUUAACAAAGAGAAUGUCCGCAUACUAAAAAAGUUGAAAAAUAAAUGUAAGUUAUGGAAUUGUUGGAAUUAAAAGAAAGAAGGAAAUUAGGGAAGAGAAAAUGAGGGCUGAGAGGAGGGUAAGUGACCAAACCAAAUAGAGAUGCUUAAAGGAAUUAUACGAAUAACAUCUUUCGGUCUCCACUGCCAAUUCAGAUGCAUUCAGAAAAUUAUCUUCUAAGAGUUUCUUCUUUCAUAAGCAAAAAUAUGUGGAAACUCAUUUUUUAAAAAAUCAAAUAAAAUUAAAGUCUGUUUCUCAGUAGCAGUAUUUGUCAACAUUUGGUUGAGGACAACUUGCUACAGGUGAAUCUUUCUGGCCCCUACACAGACUGCCUUAACUCCAAUCUUUUUUUGAGAUUGGGGUCCAGCAAUUGGUGGUUUUAAUAAGCACACCCAAAUCAUUCUCAUGUUCCCUAAAGUUUAAAAGCCAUUGCUUUCCAGGACAAUUCAUGUUGGAUAGGACAGGUGAGUUUAUCAGCCGACUGCAAAUUAUUCUGCAAUUAUGCACCUCCCUUGUGUAUACAUAAAAUAUUUUAGGUCUGUAGAAUAAAAGAUUUACUCAACUUGA